CUUGAGGUCGUUUUUAGGUCGUGAAAGUUUUAGUUUUUAAGAAUAUAGCCUUCAUAUUUCUCGUCAAGUGAUAGAUAUAAACAUCAUCAAGAAAGUAGUACUGAACAACAAGAUGAAGAUGUUGUCUCCAGUACUAGUCGUCGUCCAGCGUGUUGUGCUGUCCUCGCUGUUUGUGGCGCAACCUGUGUGGGCUGCUCAACCUGUUUUGCCAGUUGAUCGUCGUGCUCAUGGCCACCAGAAUGGACAGCAGCAGAAUGGACCGCAGCAUCCUCCAGCUCAGCCUCAAGGCAAUGGCAAGAGGUUUCUUUCGCCACCUGGUUCCUCUUCGGGAUCUGAAAGUGGAAGUAGGGGUCAUGGUGGCGUAUCAGGUCAUGGCACGACUUCUAUGCCUCGUUCCAGUACAGUUGGUGCAACAUCGAAAAAAGCUGCAGCUGAACAACGCCGUCAACAAGACUAUACUAGUGCUGCAAAUGGUAAAGACUACGCUAAUAGUAGUGGUACUAGUGCAGGUUCAUCUAGAACUGGUAGUGGUAGUGGAAGUAGUAGUGGAGGAGGUCGCACUGGUGCAGGGGCACCUAUUAACAAGGGCAUUUUGAAACAUCAUCAAGGUGGAUUCGUCGGCGUCGAUGAUGAGUUUCCUCCUUUACCCGGGAGAGGAGCAGGACGUCACUUAGCUCUUGCAGAAGACACAAAACUACCACCCGCCUUUGCUGCUUGCGCCAUUUGUGGUGAAGAGAAACCUCUGGGAGCUCGCUGUCUCACAGAAAAAUGUGGUUUGACUUAUUGCAGUGCCUGUUUCGCUAUUCCGUUUCUUCCUUCUCUAGUCGGAGAUCAGUGCCUGCUUGAUGCGACUCCGACACAAGAUGCUCUUAUGGCUCCCGCUGAAGCAAAAGCAUCUCCUUAUAAUAGACUACACCAUGAUCCACCUUGGUCCCUCUACUUUUCCAAGAAAGGGGAAAAGAAGUAGUAGUAUUCUCCAAGGACAUUUUUAUGGCACUCAAAGAGGAGGAUGCGACGCGGCAGUUCUAAUCUUUGUGGAAGUCGUGGCUCUUCUCGUUUCGGACGUGGUCGGUCUAGCUCGGACCAAGGAGGUGAGCCAGAUGAACUGGACGACAGCCAACUGGACGACAGCCAAAAUGAGAGAAGAGCAGCAGGUCUGGAGAGUUCGCAGAAUGACGACGAUGAAGAAGAGAAAGAGACUUAGGAUUGGUGAGUAAUGAUUAAGUAGAUAGAAGGGUUUAAUAGGAGGAUUCCAUUCUCGAGUUUGUCAUUCUACAAGAAUGAAAAACAACACAGCUCAGCAUAUGGGGCUGACAGGACUACGAAAGCGCCGGCGCUUAGUUAGUUUUUUUAGAUCGGUAACCUUUGCUUUUUCAUCCAAGUUUUCCUUUUUUUCCUAGCUAGGUCUGCUCCAGCAUAUGGAUAGACUGCCCCUACAAGUCUUCAUCAUGUUUUUCUUCUACUACGGCUAGUCUUCACCUCUUUCCUGUAUGUCUACUUAAUCAAAACAGCAAGCUUUCCUGUAUGUCUAAUCAAAACUGCAUAGAGAGUCCUCAGCCACUUCUAAUCUCCCAACGUCCACCUGAUGGAUGCUGACGGUAUCCUAUUUUCGAAACCCCAACGCGCCACCUGCUUCACGUGUCGCCAGCCUUUGUCGGUUCCAAGAAAAGGAGUAGGCAGUACUGCACCGCCAAGUGGAGACAUCAAGACUAAGACAUGCUGGAAUAAGAUAAGACAACCGCAACGACCACAAGUGUCAGAUGAAGGAGAGCAGCAUUUAGCUCCGCAUCACAUCUGUGAUGACGAGGAAACUACCCUCUUGGAGUUGCUUAAUCGUGGCGUAGAGCUACUCUCAGUGCCACAGAGACACGCGUUGAAGGCAUUGAAGAGCACGCUGCAACGCAGUUUGGUAGCAUACGCGAUGCUCCUGUUCUGGUACACCUUUCGUCUACAACCUCUGCACGAUUGGGAGGUAAAGCAGCAGAGCGAACAUAGGAAAAAUCAUCAUGGGACCUCUCAGGAACAGAAAAAGCAUAAAGGAGAGCGCAUGUGGGAUAACGACGCUGAAGUUAAGGGUAUGUCAAAGGUGUUCUUCCUCUGUCUGGUCUGUCUUUUUUCUAGUUAGGUCGGCUCCACCACAAAUAUAUGCCUCUUUGUUCCUAAGGGUGGAGACAGGCAUAACAAACGGGAAGAUAAACGAACACCAAAAGGAGCCUACCUCUAAUGAAGAUAUGCACAUGACGAGCGGAACAGGAAACGACCCUGCUUCAGAUGAGGCAUCUUGCCGUUAUACCCCUGAAGCUAUGGCAGUCUCAGUCAGCGGACGUCAUGCGAACUACUACUUGGGCCUUGAAGACACGGAAUCCGAUCUCUUCAACAAGCUGACCAACAUCCGCUUUCUCCGAUUGCUCACUGAUGCUUUUUUAUGAAGAAUUUUUUGUUGUUGUAUCUCAUCUUAGGGAGAGUAAGUUUCUUGAAUUCUAAGGCCAAUGAGAUUGUUGUUGUUGACCAUCAAGAAUUUCAGGCUGAAGAGGAUAAUUUUCACAGUUUUCAGGAUGAAUAUGAUUAUGAUCUUUAUUGCGUUUUUGAAGAAAGAAGUACUUAUACUCCGUUUUUCCGUUGGACCAUAGAAAGAAGUACUUAUUAUAGUCCGUUUUCCCGUUCGGCCAUUACCUUCUUCAUAAUCUGAACCUGACGGCACGAGUUUACAAUUUGGAGAUGCCGCAGAGCUACAUUGGCACGGCCCACAAUGGAAACGGCAAUACCGUGAAGUCUUCCAAAAGCACAUGAGACGCUCUAUGUGGCGAGUGGCGCUCUUCAGUCUUCGGGAAAAAUUCAAGAAAGUUUACUCGGUACUAUUCUUGACUGUGUAGUUCCGAUGAAGAUGACCACCUCCUGAAAUAUAUAAGAAGUUGUCAUUCAGUUUCAGGUAACCUGAAGACCACAUAGAGGACGUCAUUGAUGACUGCUUGCUCAAGAACGACUAGAAGAAAUAUUUUUCAGAGUCAUCAUAAUCACUACUUACAACUGCGUCCACAUUCUCGGACCAGGUCGAUCCCGUAACCGCUACCUUCGAGAACGACGAACAAAUGACCGAAGACCAGUUUCUUAUUGCUCUGGAGAAAGAUUGGUCUUCGAAAGUGCAGGAGGCAACUGGGAAGUACGAGGAAGCCAGGACGACGCCUUUGGCACGUGCAGAGCAGGAGGAACAGGAACUGCUGGCGGCGUUGUUGUUCGCAGAUGAAGUUAAGACUGCUAUUGACAGUAAAACAUAAGCAUCAUCAUGUGGUUCAGGAUCCACCUGUGUUUCGUGUAGUCGUGGUGGUUGCUUCAUCCGAGCUAUGUUGGAGCAGCUUCCUUCUAUUAAAUAUGUAAGAGGAAUGGUAAACAUGAACAACACCCCAUGCCCUCUUCAUCGACUUGUUUCACAGUAUCUUUUAGUCUAAGCUAUAGGCAACGUUUUGGCACUACCACUUUUCUAAUGAAUCUUCUGAUUUCGGAGAAGGUGGCAUGAUGAACCAAGCAAUGGUCGCUCAACAGAUGCGCGAAUUGCGACAUUAUCAGCAGAUGGCCGAAGAAGAAAAAUACAAGCGGGAACGCGAAGCGUCGAUGCAAUCCUCGCACGGUGGCUCUAUGUUAUGGCUAAGGUGAACAACGGGAUGCUUUGUUCCGGCGCAUUUACAGUCCUAGCAAAGUUGUAACUUGAACUUUCCACCGAUCCUGCGACUGGAAAUGAAUAGAAAUAGUAAAAAACAAAGAAUAACGAUAAGAUUUUUUUUUUGAAGAAGAAGCAAGAGAAUUAGUUGUUUGUUUCCAGGUGUAGCUGUUCUAACUAUCGAUCAUGACUCGACCAUGAAUGAGUCGGAUUCAACCAAUCCUACGACUUCUUCGGGCGCCGAAGCGUCAUCGGGAAAGCGAAGCUGCACGUCAAAGAAAGCUAAAGGACCUGGUGCUAAGAAAGGGAAAGAUAAUGAACAAGAAGAAAAAACAGAUAGAAGAUCAUUUGAUGAAAAACAAAAAUCGCCUAAAAGGCAUAAGCUUAGGCUUAAGUGCUGUAGAAGAAAAAGGAAGGCUGUCGAUGUUGUUGAAGAAGAAAAAGAUGUUGACUCAGAUGUUGGUCGUCGUGAGAAGAAAAAGAAGGCUCGUAAGAGUAAGAAACCUUCAAGCAAUAGGAAUAGCAAGAAGGAUGCAAGCUCCUCCUGAUGCAGGAUUUAAGAUUCUAUGUAUAAUAAUAUCUGAGACUGGCCAGGUUCUCAAACUAUUUGCCAGAGGCCAAUAGACAUGUAACUGUAAGCGAUAUGAUGUGAAAUGGAAAAGAAAGAGAUGAAGAAGCAACUUGACUAGGCCGUUUUCUUAUAAAGAAUCUCACUCGGCGACGUAGUUCACGUAGUAGACGUAGUUCACGUGGUCACACCUCUAGUAUAGGUACACUCAUCAUCAUCAUCAUCAUCAUCAUCGUCAUGAAUGGCCCCGGUAUUUGGUAACCUGAAAUCGAUCACAAAAAAAAAGAACAAGAAGAGAAUCCUUGUGCUCGCAAUCGCAUUCAGGUUACCAAAUACCGGAACGACCGUACACAAUUUCAUCUUCCCCAGAGAAGAGAACGCCAUUUUUAACAUCGAUCUGCUUAUUCAUCUCUGUCUCUAACUCCCACGACAAGCAUCCACCAGGCUCUUCGUCUGGUUCUCUCUGGUGUAGAAGUACUACUGAAGGAGCUGAUGAAGGGGAGAUGGAUGUAGACAGUACUCGACGUUCAGACACCGGGAUGGAUGAACAAGAUGAUCAUGUUCCUGAUGAAAGAAGCAGGACUACUGUGGGAGAUUUAUGGUGAGGAUGUUUUUUUUAGUAGAAGUAGGUACUUACAGGUAUAGCUUUUAUAAUUAUUUAUUUCUUUUUGUCUAAAUCAUGAAAUAGAAUUUGAAAUAAUUAUUGAAUAAUUCAUCUCUAACGAGGUCUACUAAGACCAACUAGGUUCUUAUGCUUCAACUGGAAGUGCACGACCGGCACCGAUCAAGCAGAUCAUUUCUAUCGAGCUUCAAGUACAACUACACUGGUUGUUCACAUUCUCAUUCAUACCUCUAAGAGAAGAACGUCGGGCUGCAGCACCGCAGGGCAAAGGCUUUUAAGACUGCUGGAUCAUACUAGAUCUAGAUGGACAAGAUGGAGAAAAUUAUCGAAGUGCAAGCGAAAGAAAUUAAAAAUUUAUAACCAUCUCCUGGCUGCAGCAGUGCAGUCUAGAUGGAGCAAGAAGAUGAAUUACAACUACCUUUAAAACCUUUAUUGGUACUAGUGCUGCAGAUGGAGAUUCUCAGAAGAUCAGGUAGCUUUAAUUUGUGUGGACCAGGCUGGAAUAGAAGAAGGUCUAAGAUGUUUGUACCACAAUCGGGAUAAUCAAAGACGUGGUUGGAUUGGGGAACCGAUUUCGUUUCUUACCUUGUGGUUCUGGAUUAGAAGGAACACCAGAACCAGUAGCAGACGCGGGAAAGACUUUGUUGAAAAAUGAUGAGCAUGUUCAUGUUCAUGAAGAAAAAUAUGGAAGUAGAAUAGGAGGUGAUACAACUACUACUACAUCAGGAGUCAAGACAGCUUCGACCGACAAAGGAGACAGCAUCAUGGAAUUGGCAUUGGGCGACGAGAUCGAGAUUGAUCACUACAAUAUCAAUACUACAGGUAGACGUACUACUUGUACCAUCAAACAAGGAGCAUCUUCAACAGGAAGAAAGAUGAGUGAGGACAAGUCAUCAUCAACAUCAGGGCGGCAGAGCAUUGUUUCUACAGCACAAGAAGGAGCAGCAGAGGGCGGAAGCGGCGUGUCAUCAUGUUCAUCUUCAUCGAGUAGUGAUGCUGUUCUUGCUGGUGACGCGGUGGCCGCAUCAUCGAGGAAAAAAGUUAGGAUUUAUGGGGCUCUCUCAGACUCAGACAGUAGGAAGAUCUAGAAGGAGGUAAAGAGAUGAUGGAUAAUAGAGAGAUGAUGGACAAUGAUGAGUUUCACUCCCUCUCCCAGCAUUAUUACGAUAAGUUUCACUCCCAGUCCCAGCAUCAUUUCUAAAAAUAACGGUACAAGCGAAAAAGGUCCUUUCGCCUGCAUCAAAAGUCUUGGAUUUUUCGGGUGCUGUGCUGCUGGUAGCAGUAGCAGCAGUAGUGGUUCUUGUUGGAAUUCUUGCCUCGUGAAACUCGCUUCGGCAUGCGGUCGAAUAACAUCUUCAAGUUCGUCUUCUUCUUCUUUCAACACUACUAAUACUAUUAUUACCUCUUAUAAUUCGACGACGACGGCCUCCUCAAAUGGUGCAAGAGCACAAGGAGAAGAAGAGGUUGAUGUCAAGGAGCAUGGGAGCAAGAAGGUCGUAACGGAUUACAUCAAGAGGGGCAUGGUGGGUAGGGGUAAGAUAAUAUCAAGAGGGGCAGCUUCAUCUCCGUACCCACUCACGAAAGAAGCGUCGUGUAAAAAUGAGCCACUUGUUCCCAUGCUGUUGAAUCAACCACCAAAUAGUGAAGAUGCAGAUGCUUCAGCUUCAGACCAACAGGAAUUAGGACACGUACUCUGUGAUCGACAAGCAGAAGUAGUAGAUGGUACAACUCAUAUUCAUGAUGGUCAACAUGUUGCUCAACAUAUGACUCAUCAACAUAAUCAUGCUGUAGAAGAGAUUCAACAACUUUCCGAUCUACCAUCCAGAGACACGUUGUUCCGUCUUAGUCGUGUUGUUCCCUCACCGUCUAGUAAUAACGGUGGUGCACAAGGAGCUCAACAUCAAGGAGAAGGAGAAGAUGCUUUAGUACCACAGUCACGUCGUACUAGUGGAAGAGCUGGUGCAGGUGGAGAAGGUCACGACGUUGAUAUGGAAGUAGUGGAAGUUUUAUAGGAUGCAGCACCUUUCUUGAGAAGAGAAGAUCAGGUUGUAGUUGAAGGUGUCGAUCACUACUGCCGUAGCUGGCUACCCACCAACCCCACAGCUAUGCCCUCAAAGCGACGACGAUAUGUGGGAGGAAGAAGGUCAGUCUGUCAUGGUGUAACCUUUGUUCUUGCACUUGUCUGCUGGGUGAAGAACAGAACAAGCUACUGCUCGUCAUUCGUCUGCACAAAAACUGAAUAAGUCAUAAGAUGGUCUCAAAUUGUCGAUGUAGAGAAACUGAGAUGUUGAUGAUGUCUUGUUCUUACUUUUUUCAACUGCUACCGACUCUGGCUAAAACUAAAACACAGAUUUAAGAUAAUGUUUUUCGAAGUAGCACUUCAUUUGCUCAACAGCCCCUGGAUCUUGUUCCUGUCUAUUUGUUGUCUGUCUGUCUUGUGGCUUUCUCGAAGUAGUAGUAGAGGGGAUGUUUUUGACAUGAAUAUGAUCAUGUGUGAAGCUACAACUACAGUAUCGACCUACAAGCAAUUGGAGACUUAUUUGAUUCUUGAUCUGCUUGUGUUUUGAUACUAUUGCAAUUCUGAAAAUUGAAUCUUCUUGUCGAAAGUAAAUACAUUUGUUAAUCAUGUUUUCGAUCUAAAGUGUCGAUAGGUUUUCGGUACAUCUAAAAAUAACAUUCGCGUGGUGGCUCUAUUUUUGGCAUGUUGCAAUUCAUUAUCUAAUAUUUAUGAAUAUAUCCAUGUUGACGAUUGAUAUUAUAUAACUGAGGGUUCAAGUUCAUGAUCUCUGUGUUUCUGUAACCACAAAAAAACUAUCCGGGAUAGGGUUGUUUGAUGAAAGAAAAGAGCUAUUUUCAAGACGGUGCAUUAGCAUUCCUUUGGGGUCUCGCUGAUUGAUCUUCGUUCGUUCUAGGGGAAGACGAGGUAUUAGCGGGGCCUGCUGUGGUUGUCAUAUGAAGAUUUGUCAUUCAUAAUAUUUAUACAUUUACAUCAA